UUUUAUUCCGUAGCACAAAAGGUGGUCCGCUCGCAACAAGGGUUCGGGCAGAGGGGCAAAUGAUACGAGGGCGUGGAAGUGAAACACGGGGAAAGCAAAGAUAAGGACAGACACCGCCAGUCAUAACAACAACAAUAAUAAUAAUAAAAACGAAACUGCAUUAUUGGCGCAUUGAAGGAGCCCUUUAGGCGCCGAGAAAGCGAGCGAUGAAGCAAAUCCCGCGGUUGAUAAUUGUUGCCCAGCCGGCGCGAGGCGGACCGUUAGGGAUUUAAACAGGGGGAAGGUUUCCCCUCCGGCUCGUGGUGGGGUGGGGUAAACGGCGUCAAGAGACUAAAUCCUGGUGCAAAGUUGGUAUUCUGCUACCUCGGGGAGGCAGACCCGACCCUGCUGGUAACGCCAGAAACCAAACCCCUUCCUCCCUUCCCCUCAAAGUAAUGUCACGUUCGUGAAUGUACCAGUUGCCACUGCUAUGUGAUGCAGGGUGAGCCCAAAAAGGGAUCGAAACAAGGAUAAUGAGCGGGGAUCUUAUAUGCGGGUCCCGGGCGAGCCUGGGUCUGGGUCUGGGGGCAGCGACUGGCCUCGGUCUGUUGUAUCUAGCCUACAGUAAGGGAUGGGGGAGGAGGACCUGUCGGGGCAAACACGAGACACUUGCCUUCAGCAGUGUGAAACCCAGCAAGCCAAUCGUGUCGAACCAGGCAGCAUCAAAGGAAAGUAAAACACAGUCGGCAGAGGACACUAGUAGCAUUGCAGAAUUGAAGAAACAGCAGCUAGAGAUAUGGGAGCAAUUAGAUGUUAUCCUUCAAUGUGUGAAAGAGCUGAAGGGGGAAGUGAUCGAACUUCGGGAGUGUCUGAUUGGAAUGACAGAUCAGAUUGUUGGUGAUGUCAGGUCUCGUUUAGAGCAUGGCGAAAAAUCAGGAAGAAAGAAGAGAAUAGGAUUUAAUAGAGAAAGAAGUAACUCUGCUGAAUCAAACUCUAUCUAUUUCACGUCCAGCGCUGGGAAUAAGAGCAGUGCUGAAACAGAGAGUGAAGGAGGAUAUACCACAGCUAAUGCAGAGUCAGAUAAUGACCGUGAAGAAGCAGCAAAUUCAAAUGCAACAGAUCCCAUGUGCAACUCAUUUCAUAACUUGGAUGAAUUCAGUCAACUUCUAUGUACAGCAGACAAGUUGCAUGAUGGUACAGACGAAGACAAAGCAAAGGGAUUUAAGUUGCUCUUGGAUAAGAAAACCAAGUAUCACUUGAAGCCUGAGUUCUGCUGGCGUCUGGCUCGUGCGUAUUGCGAUCUGGUGGAGAUGUCGAAAGACCAAAUUGAGAAGAAGUCCUUUUUGGUUGCGGGGAAAGAAGAAGCAGAAGCUGGUCUUCAGAAAGACAAUUCAAAUGCAGAGUGCCACAAGUGGUAUGCUAUCCUAUGUGGCAAACAGGCUGACAAUGAGACCAUCCAGAAUCGUAUCAAAGCUGGAUAUACUUUCAAGGAGCACAUCGAUAAGGCCAUUGAGCUGAAGCCAAAUGACCCUUCUUUGUACUACUUGUUGGGAAGAUGGUGUUAUGAGGUAGCGCAAUUAGGCUGGAUCGAAAGGAAGGCAGCUGCAACUUUCUAUGGAACACCUCCAAGUUCCACUGUUGAUGAGGCUCUGAAAAACUUUUUAAAGGCUGAAGAAUUGAAACCAGAAUACUCCAAAGUGAACUCAGUCUACAUUGCAAAGUGCUACAGGGAUCUUGGGAGCUAUGCCACUGCCCUGCAUUGGCUUGAAUUAGCAUCUGCAUUACCCAUCAAAUCUAAGGAGGAUGCAAAUGCUGCGAGUGAACUUCUAGAAAUGCGAAACGUCCUCACCCUAAGAAGCUAAACACUGUCCUGUUUUAAACAUAAGAGCUUAGAAGGUCUUUGUUCCACUGCAGAAUAUCCUUGCGUUAUGUAAAGAACUUUGAAUCCAACCUGUCCUGUUAUUCUGGUAUUUUGUUCUGUGUCUGAAGAACCACAAAAUAUCAUAAAUCAUGUCAACUUGAUGGUCAGAGGUUGAGAAUGUUCUUCAAAUCUCAAAGAGACAACUCUUUUCUCAAACCCUUACAUACGGGAGAUAGAUAUUAGAUCCCAAAGAGUUGACUGAUUUAUUUUCCUCUGGCAGCUGAGACUUCCUAUACUGUAUGAAGAGACUGUCUUGUCUCCUGUAUGCAAAAGAAAUCUAUUUUUCAUGGUUUCUUCUAACAGGAACUUCAAAUGGGCUAAAUUUAAGAUUGUUUCCUUCCAUUUAUUUGGAUAAGCAUACAAGAGGUAUAUGCACAGAUGUAAGGAAGACAUUGUCUUGUUAUUAAGGUAAUGCAGCAUACAGAUUUCCAGGAUUACAGAACUGGUGUUUCAGAAGACUCUGAUUUUGGAAGUACUGUUAUUGUGCAUUUGCCUCGACACAUUUAUAGUGCUUGUGUACCUUUGUGACAUAGAAAAUGACUACUUAGAAGCAUGAUGAAAUGUUUUCCCUUUGACUGAGCAAUGAAAUACUUAAAGAUGGAAGCUGUUCGUUCUGCAAAGUGAACAUGUAGUGAUCAUUCAGAGCAAAGCAACCUAGGUUGGAUUCUCACUCUGUGUUGCCAUUAAUCAAGUUCAGGUGACAAUGCCACAGAUGGUCUUCAUCACCCUGGCCUAAAGAGAGGAGAAAACCAGUCAAUAUUUACUCAUUUAUUUAGUGCAGAAGGUGUACAUUUGUGUGAAGUGGUGAGAAGAGGCCAAGUUCAGACCUGGGGGGAGUAUGGCAUCAUGGUAAUGUCACUGGGCUCGUAAUCUGGUGGCCCAGGAUAAUACUGUGAGGACACAGGUUCAAACACCACCAAUUCACCUGGUGGAAUUUAAAUUCAAUUGAUAUAUCUGAAAUUAAAAAUUUUUCAUUUAGGAAAAGAACCUGCCAUCAUUACAUUGUCUGGCCUGCAUGUGACUCCAGGCUGACAGCAAUGUGGGGUGCUCUCUGAAAGAGGCAAGCAGCCCCUCUCUUGAAGGGUAAUCGGGCACUGACAACAAUUGGUGACCUUGCCCGUGAUGCCCACAUCCUAUGAAAGUUUUUUUUAAAAUCUGCCAGCUCUUACUGUCUAAAUGCAUUUGUGAAAAUUGCGAAGGACAGUUAUGGAACAGAACUCGUGGAGUGACCUAAAUCAGUGGCUUCAGGAUGGUGGUACAGAUUGGAGAGAGAGCUGUGUAUUUCUGCAUUGCACAGCAAAAAUUAUUGUCUUCAUUUCACCAGCUACAAUAUUUAUAUUUAACUUAGGUGUGAGAUUGAUUUGUUAACAUUUUGUAAUCUUAUUUUCAUAGCACAGUAAAUUGCUAAUGCAGUGCAAAUGGUCAUCUGUUCUAGCUUCAUGAUGAAGAAGCAGAUAAAUUUCAGUGUCUAUUAUUUGACCUGGGAGAAAGAUCUCCAUGUAUAGUUCAAAUAUAUUUAAAAUAAGACACAGUGCAGAACCUUUAUUUAAAAAUCCAAAUAAGUUAAUGUUUGAAUGUUCUUCACAGCAAUUCAAGCAUAAUAUCUGCAAGUUAAGCAAAUAACCAGGUGUUAAGAUUAGAGAUAAUGGGAACUGUAGAUGCUGAAGAAUCCAAAAUCUAAGAUAAAAAAGUGUGAAGCUGGAUGAACACAGCAAGCCAAGCAGCAUCUUAGGUGCUCCUAAGAUGCUGCUUGGCCUGCUGUGCUCCUAAGGUGCUAAGAUUAACUUAGUACUGCUGCUGUACCCAGCAAAGGCACUGUUUUUCAUUUACAAUGAAUGACAAGUGUAGUGUUGGCAGAUAAAAUAAUCUCAAAGACACAGAUUACUUUUCUCUGUAGACUGUAGUCAGAUAAGCACAAGGUUCGGGGCUCUUGUGCAUAGAAGAAGAAAAUAGUCAGAUUUUCUAGGACACUUUUAGUGAUGGGAAUUUAUUCAUUGGUUUCAUGUCAAAACUGAUCUGUCACCUCAAAUUAUUUACAGAAACAUUUGGGCCAUUUACUAGGUUUUAAAGAUUUUAAUGUUAGGAACUCCACCCCAAGGGAACAUUCUUCCCCAUCCUUCCACUCAACAUUUAGAAUCUGUAAACUGUGUUAGAUUUUGUGACUACAACAAAAUGAUUUAGCAGCAGGCCUGACAGGAAUCUGCCACAAUUAUGUUGAAUGAGAAAUUCUACUACUGCUGUAUCAGCAACAAAAACUGACCCUGCCAUUAUCCAAUGGAAAAGUAAUAAACAACAUGGUCAUUCUGGAAGGCUACACUUUAGGUAUUAAAUAAUAAUGACAACCAUCAAAAAUAGUGAUCAAUUGAAAUGAAGUACAUGACCAAAAAUUCAUCCAAAUUUUGUAUUUCAGCUCUGUGCAAUUUAUUUAGUAUUGUCCCAAUAGACACACAGAUCUUUAUAUAACUUACUGCAAAUAACUUUAUAAUAACCUGUUCUCUUAGCAAGCAGCAGUGUUAGCACACAGUUUCCUUUGUGUAUAUAGUCGUAUCCAUGGUUAGCCCAUCAACAUUUCAAAGGUCCACUCAAACUUAUUGCUGUGAAAUGACUGUCACUGAAGAGGGGGUGGAAGGCUACAAAUCACCUUCAACUUUCUGACAAAUACUCCUUUGAGUUGCAGAGUCUAUUUCCAAUUUUAAUAUUCUUUGCCUAUUUUGGAUUGGUUCAGUAUGAUUUUGGUACACUUGCUUUAAAACUUUUGCACUGUUUCUAGUGCAUAAAACAACCAAACAGAUAUUGUGAAGAGAAACAAAUUUUAAUGUCCAGUUUUGAGGUUGACUGAUAUUCAUCAGACCACAAUAAAUUAGUCAUUUAUAGGAAA